AUGACGAACCCGAGCACGGCCGCAUUGGAAGCGGCGUACAACCUGCUCCACGAGCCGAGCAUGUUUGCUGCGAUUGGCGCGCUGCCGCACCCGGCGCCCAUCCUCUUGACGCUUGCAGGCAUGGACGAGCCGCUCUCGUGGCCGCUCGGCGCCACGCAAGCGCAGCAGAUCGCGGCGCUGUACCCUACCACCAAGAUCAUUCCGAACGCCGACAUUGCCAUUGACACGCGAUACGCUCAGCACUACGACGACAUGCUCGCUGCGGUCUACGAAGGCUCUGUCGAAGGCAUCGUGCCGUCCAGCAACGCCGAGAUGGUACUUUCGCACCUGGUCGUCGACGACGUCGGGGAUGCCGAGAGCUUUCGCCUGCUUCCUACCGCCGACGAGGUCAUCCGCGCAACGACCUUUGGUGUGGUCAUCGUGCUGCUUCCGUCGAUGCACCAAGGCGGCGCUCUCACGUUUACGUACAGUGGGCAGUCGCAGACGUUUGAUGACAAGACGCCGCUGGUCGAGACUGCGUUCGCAGCCACCUAUCUCUCGACGACGAUCGCGUCCGAAGCGAUCACGUCCGGACGCCGUGUCGCGCUCGUCUAUCGCUUGUACUGCGUGGACGGUCCCGUGGCACCGCCAACGCUCGAGGCUGCGACCGCAGCAUUCCAGGCGCUUGCGCAGUCGCCCAUUGAGGGAAUCCAGCGACUCGGCAAGGGCAUCCGCUCACCUAGUAGCCACGACGCCCUUUCCUUCGAAUCGUGGGUCUCGACGUGGCGUUGGUAA